CAUCCUCGACUGCCAUGCAGCAGCCGUCCUCUAAUUCCAUCCCCUCGUGCAGCAAGGCCCUUCGUCUCCCCGGCCCGCAUUAGCAAAUUGAUCUGACGCUCCAGUAUUCCUGCAUCAGCUGUGGGAAGUCGGUGCAGGUUGGUCUCGCACGACACGGGGGCUGAGCAGCAAGCCAUUCGGAUGGGUAACGUACCCACUACGGUGAAGCACUGCCUGAGCUAUGAGCAACUCGUCCAGGACUACCCGUGGCUGAGACGCUGGCUGCAGGAGGAGAAGACCAUUACAGGACACGGGUAUCCAGAGUUUGUUAAAAUCGUUGAGGUUGGUCCGAGAGACGGACUUCAGAAUGAAAAGGAAAUUGUCCCAACAGGGAUGAAAAUCCAGCUGAUAGACAUGCUGUCACGAACAGGCCUGUCUGUGAUCGAGGCCACCAGCUUUGUCUCUUCAAAGUGGGUGCCGCAGAUGGCAGACCACACUGAUGUUCUCCGAGGAAUCCAGAGAGCGCCUCGUGUUCAGUACCCUGUUUUGACACCUAACAUGCAAGGUUUCCAGGAUGCUGUUGCAGCUGGUGCUACUGAAGUGGCCGUGUUUGGAUCAGCGUCUGAAAGCUUCAGUAAAAAAAAUAUUAACUGCUCCAUCGAUGAAAGCAUGCUGAGGUUUGAGGAAGUCGUUAACGCGGCCAAAGAGCGACAAAUUCCAGUCCGUGGAUAUGUAUCUUGUGCCCUGGGAUGCCCCCACGAGGGACACAUCCAACCUUCCAAAGUAGCCGAGGUGGCAAAGAGGUUAUAUGAAAUGGGCUGUUAUGAGAUCUCCUUGGGGGACACCAUCGGUGUUGGUACCCCAGGUUCCAUGUUCAAGAUGCUGCAGAGUGUGAUGAAGGAGGUGCCCACCAACGCCCUAGCAGUUCACUGCCACGACACGUACGGGCAAGCACUGCCCAACAUCCUCACUGCACUUCAGAUGGGGGUCUGCGUGGUGGACUCGGCGGUAGCUGGCCUGGGAGGCUGCCCGUACGCUCAGGGUUCGUCUGGCAACGUCUCAACAGAGGAUGUUCUCUACAUGCUCAGCGGCAUGGGUAUCCAAACAGGUGUGAACCUUUCCAAAGUAGCAGAGGCCGGCGACUUUAUCUGCAGCGCUUUAUGUCGCAAGACAAACUCCAAGGUUGCUCAGGCCCGAGGCAGAAACCUGUGAUGGAGACCCCCCUUUCAAAGUGCUUCCCCCUGUUGUUGCUGCCUUUUAGUCUGUUGUCUAUGCUGCUUUAUUUGAAGUACACUAUUUCCAUGUUUCAAAACUGUCUGAGGUGUACUAUCAAGAAAUACUCACAAGAAAGAUCACAAGGUUUGAACAUUUGUGUCUGUCAAUCUCAGUUUCCUAUUUUUCCUGUUCAUUUUUGGAAUUGAAGGACCAUGAUGAUGCUGAAAUGUCUUUUUUGUCAAAUUCCAACAGAGGGAGGUCAUAUCAGCUUGAUUAUAUCUAGAAUGCAUUCUGGCCUUUUUACAGGAUUAAUUAUUCACUUGUAUUAUCAUAUUUUUCUUUAUUACUGCCAAACAAACCCAGCAAAUGGCAGCGACUUUUGUUUUUUUGCUUUUCAAAGCUCAGUGGCCUUAAAAAAUAAAAGGAGAGGAAUAAGAAUCAAGUUUAUUUCACUUUGGCUAUGUGUUGAACUCAAUUUAUUAACACCACAUGUUCCGUUUGAACGAAUAGAGAAGAUAGAAAAAAAAAAAGCUUGUUCUUGCUUUCUAAAUAUUAAUAUUUCCUUAUGCAGUACACGUCUGAAAAUAAUUGUUUCAGCUUUUCUGUCUGGAUGAUAAUCAAAUAGAAUAAAAAACAAAACAAAAACAACAUUCUUUGAAAAGUUUUUGCCCUCAGGUUUGCCAAAGAAGAAGAAAUGCCCCUUUACUGCUGACGUUUUUUCCAGUGAAAACCUUUUACCAUGACAUGAGCUACUGACUGUGUGAGAGUCAAGAGAGGUUGUGUUUUAUCUGUGUCCCUCCUGUCGCUGUACAUCCCACUGUGCUGUCUGUGAAUCUGAAAACUGAAUGUGACCCUGAAUUCUAAUGAACUUCAUCUAAUCUGAGAUGGCAAAGAAAACAAAUGCCAUAUAUAUUGUAAUUAAGAAAAAAGGAAAAUCAGGCAUUGUGUAAUUAUCUUUGUAUCUGCUGUCAGAUCAUCUAA